AUGAUACGUCAAGCCCUUCUCCUCCGAAGUCAUAUGACUCAAAAUUCGUAUCGAAAGACGGUAAUUUGUUACCACUGUCUCCGUCGAAUUCGAAUUCAGAUUCGAAUUCGAAUUUCACUUUCCAUCUAUGAUUCUUCAAAUAGAAAUUCAUCUCCGUCUCCAGAUCAAUCACCACCGUCAUCAUCACCAUCACCAUCACCAUUAAAAAAGAGUUUACCUCCGACAGAGUCACCAUCAGAACCACCACCUUCUCCUCCUAAGCAACGAUCACCACCACCACCAAACCCUUCCAAGAAGGAACUACCACUGUCACCAUCACUACCACCUCCUCAGGAGGAAUCACCGACGGCGUCACAACCUCCUCCUCCUAAGCAACAAUCACCACCACCACCUUCCAGCAGCCCUUCUCCUCCCCCGCCCUCUCCUCCAUCUUUGACACCUACUCCGCCGCCUCCGACAUCUUCCGGAACCCAAAAUUCACUGGCAAUUUCACCUUCGCCAAAAAAUACAUCCACUAAAUCAUCACCGGCAUCUUCUCCUCUGACGCUAGCGCCGAGCAUGCAACAGAGCUCCUCUAAUGGAAGUCGUGCAUCUUCCCCUUCAGGAAGAGGCUCUAUGAAUGAAACACAAGCCAAUACAACGGUGACACGCUCCGUGUAUGGAGUUAUGAUUGAUGUAGCGGUGGCUGGGGCGUUAUUCGCCGCCAUCUUCAUUGCCUUGUUUUUCUUCCUAAAGAGGAGAAGAAAGAGGAAACAAGCUCUUCCAGGGAAUUACACGCCACCACCCGGUAAUAUUGAAGUGAACUCAGAUUGGCCUGGCAAAGGAUCACCUAGGGUGUACUAUAAUCCGGAGUUGGGCAUUAGAGCCGGUUCGAAGACACAUUUCGGGUACGAAGAGUUGAUGGAGAUGACCGACGGGUUUGCUCACAAUAACAUCAUCGGAGAAGGCGGGUUCGGGUGGGUUUACAAGGGUCAAUUGCCUGACGGCAACCACGUGGCUGUCAAGCGACUAAAAGUCGACAGUGGCCAAGGCGAUCGAGAGUUCAAGGCCGAAGUCGAGAUCAUAAGCCGCAUUCAUCAUAGGCAUUUGGUGUCUUUGGUAGGGUAUUGCAUUGCCGAGAAUCAAAGGCUGCUCAUCUAUGACUUCGUUGGGAACAAGACUCUCGAACAUCAUUUGCAUGGUAAGAUAAUGGUUUAUUUCGCCAAAAGAGUCAAGAUUGCUAUAGGAGCUGCCAAGGGUUUGGCAUAUUUACAUGAAGAUUGUCAACCAAGAAUUAUCCACAGGGACAUUAAGUCAGCCAACAUUCUAUUGGAAUAUGAUUUUGAAGCACGUGUGGCAGAUUUUGGACUUGCUAGACUUAACGAUACUAGUCAAACCCAUGUUUCAACUCGAGUUAUGGGAACAUUCGGGUAUUUGGCACCAGAAUACGCAUUGAGUGGGAAGUUGACUGAUAGAUCCGAUGUCUUCUCCUUUGGGGUUGUGCUUUUAGAACUUAUAACCGGCCUUAAACCCGUUGAUCCGACUCGACCUUUGGGAGAUGAAAGUCUGGUCGAAUGGGCGCGGCCUCGACUCAUCCAAGCCCUUGAAAAUGACGAUUAUAGUGAAUUAAUUGAUCCGCGGCUGGAGAAGCGUUACGUAGAGGAUGAAGUGUUAAUAAUGAUCGAGGCAGCCGCCGCUUGUGUGCGGCAUUCUGCCGCAAAGCGACCUCGAAUGGCGCUGGUGGUAAGAGCAUUGGAUUUCGAGGGGGCGGAUUUGUCGAACGGGGUGAAAGUGGGUCAAAGCACAACUUAUGAUUCCAGCAAAUACAGUGACGAGAUUUCAAUAUUCAGGCGGAUGGCAUUCGGCAGUGACACCGGCUCCGUAUUCGACAAUUUUAGUGAAGAUUUCAGUUCAAGGGAAAUGUCGUACGGGCAUGCCUCAUGGAAACCUGAGUACAGCUCGGGUGAGUUCACGGGCGGCGAGUCGGGGAACUACGGCGGCGGUCGCUUCAAAUGA